AGUUGUCUUGUCAGAACUCAAUCCAUAGCCGCCCUAUUCUCCUCCAACUACAUAGUCUUCACAGCACUUCGAUCUUACACCCCCCCCCCUUGCCUACUGUGUUUGCCGUCAGUGUCGAGAAUGUCAUCUUCAAAAAUUCACAGUCGUAAAGUAUAUCUUCGAUUUUUACCACGACCUUCAGUUGAAUCUUACUCGACACCAAAGGAAAAAAGUUCAUUGCAGAAGGUGGUCGACGAAACGCAUUUUUCUAAAAAUGAGAUCCGAUCAAUAUAUCGAGCGUUCAAGGAAACUUCUCCGAACGCGGUAAUCAAUAAAAGUAUUCUGAGAGAGAAGUUUGCUGAGUUAUUUCCACAUGGUGAUAUAGAGCACUAUUCCGAUAUGUUAUUUGAUACAUUUGAUAACGACGGCAAUGGAACAAUUAAUUUCCAGGAAUUUGUCAAAGCGCUGUCUAUAUUAUGUCGAGGGACUUUGGAUGAGAAAUUAGAUUGGCUCUACAAGCUGUACGAUCCGAAGGACAAGGGUGAAAUCACAUGGCAUCGAUUAUUCUACGUUAUCACUUCUAUGGAUGACUUGAUGGGACGAAGGGCUCGACCGUUGUUGACGCGAGAACAAAGAGCUCAACAUGCACAUAAUGUGUUCAAGAAAUUCGAUAUCGGCAAACGGGGACGAAUUUCGAAAGAGGACUUCAUUACCGUAUGCAAAACCGAUCGGCAAAUCAUCGAAUCUAUGUCAUCAUUGUAUACGAUAUUACCCGGUUAA